AUGACCGAUUUCUAUGAAAUACUCGAAGUCGAGAAGACGGCCACCGAAGAUGAAAUCAAGAAAGCAUAUCGUCGAUUAGCUUUAAAGUGGCACCCAGAUAAAAAUCUCCAAAACAAGAGUCAAGCCGAAGAAAAAUUCAAGCUAAUCUCCGAAGCGUACGAAGUUCUCUCAGACAGUCGUGGACGAUUUCUCUAUGAUCAACUGGGCUCAUCAAUUAUUUAUAGCGAGCGUACCAAUGAAGAAUUAGAAGAACUGUUUCGUACGAUCAUUGAUGAUGACGAGUUUCUCAACGUUUGUCAGAAAGAAUUCGAACAACAUGAUAAAUUCGAUAAAGAAGAUCUGCCGUCGUUUAUUCUCUCCACGAAUAAAAACGAUUAUGAGGAAAUUCCAGCCACAACGGAAAGCGAAAAUGAAUUGAAGCCACGCGUCGUUCAUGAAAUAAACAUGUCAGUUUACUAUGACUUUCAUGUCGAUCGAGAGAAUUCCGAUCUAAAAUUCGUUAAACGAUAUAUCAACAUUAUUCCGGAAGAAAAUGAAACUACGAUGAAAAAUAAUCGCUUCUCCAAUCUUAAUCUCUCAAACGACAUCGAUCGUCUCAUUAAAAUGCACGAUUACGUUCGACAUUCUCCACAACAUCAUCAACAGACUACACCAUCGCAGCAACAACAGCCACCGUCACCACCACAGCAGCAGCAGCAGCAACAACAACAACAACAACAACAUACACCAACAGCACCACCGCCGCAGCAACCAUCACCCACACCGCCACAACCGGUACAACAUCCUCCACCGCAGCAAACGCCAGUUGUUAUGCCUCCGAUCGCACCUCAAACGCUAGAACCAAAACUAGCAAAAUCUGAAACUCAUCACCAUCAUCAUAAGAAAGCAACUAUAAAACGGCGACAAACGUACGUUGAACCGCGUCGACGCUCGACGAUCUCCUCAACAAGUGAUUCGCGCGAAUUUGAUUCGGCAGCAUUAGCUCGAAUUGUUGAAGAGCAGUUAGAAGCUGCACGGUUCGCUGCAACCCUGGAAAAUUUCAAUCCUAUCAAAAGUCAAACUUCUCGCAUUCAUUCAAUUCAUCGUGCGAAAUUCAUUCAAGCACCGACAUUCCUUCCGCCAGUCAAAGAACAAACGCCUCGGCAUCGUAUCGAUGACAUCGAAUUUCCUAAGACAAAUCUAAAUUGUUUUCUACGCAAACCAUGCACUUUGAUGGAUAAUAUUAUCUCUCAACCCAUACCAUCACAGGAUGAACGCGAUAAACUUCUAAUCCUUGGUCAACAAGGUAUCAUUUCAUCUGCUGUCGCAUUGGGUGCAGAUAAAAUUCCUAAUAAUAUCAAAUCUAUCGAAUUAUUAGAAAUUCCAAAUACGAAACCAACGGAAAAUCCGUACCAAGAUUUUCGUUUAAUCAGUUACGAAACACUCGAUGAUUAUCCUCUGCCAGCUAGUCCUGGUCUUCGCCGUGCGAAAUCGAUGAGACAUAUGAGUUCUCAAACCGAUACAGGAGACAAACGUCCCUCGCCGACAAUCAAUGAUGCAAUAUCAGAUAAUUCAACGAAAUUAACUUCGCCAUUAAAAAGUAUUCGACGUAGUAUCCGUCAUAAAAAUGAAACAGCACUUAAUAAUAAGCCAGUUUUCAAGGAAAAAAGUAAAGAAGAUAAACGUCGACGGUACGAUCAGUUGGGUAGAGGAGCUUUUACCAAUGGCCAUGGUGGUGGUUCUUCAUCGCGUGAAGGCUAUGACAGAUUUUCCGAAGAUUUUCUUAAUCGAACAUUUCAUUUUCACAAUCCAUUCGAUAUCUUUGAACAAUUCAUGUCACACUUCGGCAUGGAAGAUGAGUUUGACAUCUGGACGCGUCAAAUCCUACGUUCUGGUUUUGGUAUGCAUCCAUUCGCUGAUUUACAUCGUCGUCGUAGCAGUCGAGAUCCGAACAGUUCCAAUACCAGACGUGCACCUCAACAAAUGACUCUGUUCGAUAAUUUCUUUUCUCCAAUGAGAACAUCUUUAUUCGAUCAUCAUUCAUUUGCCGGUGAUAUCGGAGGGGAUAACAUGGGAACUAUUUCAUCAUUCAAUUUCUCCUUCGGUGGUGGCAAUGGAGCUCGACCGAUUUCGAAGAAAACUACCAAAUCAACUAAAAUAGUCAACGGCCGACGUGUCACAACGACGAGAGUGGAGGAAAACGGUCAAGUGACAGAGGUCAUAGAAGAAGAUGGUGAAAUCACCUCGAAACGAGUGAAUGGUGUUUUACAAGCUAUCAAAUAA